AUGGACAUGAAGGGAUAUUCAGUUUCCUGGACAAAACAUAAGAAAGAGCCAUAUUUUGCAGCUCAUCACACAAGAAGACAACAACAAUGCAUACAAGCAAAUCAUGAUGCCCCAGAAGAAACAAGUUCACUAAAUCAUUCCCUGAAAUUGGCUGUUUCCACUACCCAAAAUACUCUACUGCCUAUGCUACCUGCCUUUGUUGUUUUGCUCCUACUUGUUACUUCAAUUAGCACAGCAUUCUCUCACCCCAUUGCCUCCAAUUUAACUUCGCCAGCACACUCUCACCUCAAUGCUAACAACACUUUGAGGCCAGCUGCAGUGUUGCAAAAGUUGAGGAGAAUCAGAGCUCACCUCAACAAGAUUAACAAGUCUCCUGUUAAAACAAUUAAGAGUCCAGAUGGGGAUUUGAUAGAUUGUGUUUUCUCUCAUCAGCAACCUGCUUUUGACCAUCCUCUGCUCAAAGGGCAAAGACCAUUGGAUCCACCGGAGAGGCCAAAGGGCCAACCCAAUGGAGAAACAGCCAUAGAGAGCUUUCAGCUUUGGUCUGAUUCUGGUGAAGUAUGUCCUGAAGGAACUGUUCCAAUCAGAAGAACAACUGAACAAGAUUUUUUACGAGCGAGCUCUAUCAGAAGAUUUGGAAGAAAAGUACGGAGGGACUCAACUGGCAAUGGUCAUGAGCACGCAGUUGUUUUUGUAAACGGAGAUCAAUACUAUGGAGCAAAGGCAAGCAUAAACGUGUGGACACCCAGCGUAACCGAUCCAUACGAAUUCAGUUUGUCACAGAUAUGGGUUAUUGCUGGAUCUUUUGGCAAUGAUCUGAAUACUAUAGAAGCUGGAUGGCAGGUAAGUCCCGAGCUAUAUGGAGACAACUAUCCUAGGUUCUUCACUUAUUGGACAACGGAUGCAUAUCAAGCAACUGGAUGCUACAAUUUACUAUGUUCAGGAUUUGUCCAAACUAACAACAGGAUAGCAAUAGGGGCUGCAAUCUCCCCAAGAUCCAUCUAUGAUGCCAGACAAUUUGAUAUUGGCUUAAUGGUUUGGAAGGACCCAAAGCAUGGACAUUGGUGGCUGGAAUUUGGGCCGGGACUACUUGUUGGGUACUGGCCAGCAUACUUGUUUAGUCACUUGAGAAACCAUGCUAGCAUGGUACAAUUUGGAGGGGAAAUAGUGAAUUCUGGUUCAAGGGGCUACCACACUGGCACUCAAAUGGGUAGUGGCCAUUUUGCAGAAGAAGGGUUUAGAAAAGCAGCCUACUUUAGAAACUUGCAAGUUGUUGAUUGGGACAAUAACUUGCUUCCUCUAUCAAAUAUUCACCAAUUGGCUGACCAUUCCAAUUGCUAUGACAUAAGGGUGGGAUCAAACAAUGUUUGGGGAACUUACUUUUAUUAUGGAGGUCCUGGAAGGAACGUGAGAUGUCCAUGA